CGGGUCUAUUAAUGUCCUGGUGCUGAAUAUUGCUGUUAAGUUCAAGUUUCUGGGUACAUGGGCUUUAGAUUUGAUAUUCUUGAAGCCCAUGGAUUGUGGUGAAGCACCACCAAAUCUGUUUUGCCUUGUGUUUUUGGUCGCUAACUUGUUCGUGUGCAUCCUGUGCUGUUAAAGAAGUUUGGACUUUUUUCCCGAAGUGUUUCGUUUUGUGAAAGGAGCAGGCCAUGGGAAACGGUCCGGCUCCAUUUUCGGAAAUUGGCCGGCGUGCAAGAGAUCUUUUGACUAAAGAUUACAAUUAUGAUCAGAAGUUCUCCCUUGCAAUUCCAAGUUCUACUGGAAUGGGCUUUACUGCCACUGGAGUGAAGAAAGAUGAAAUCUUCAUUGGUGACAUUAGUACACAGUACAAAAGCGGAAAAACUACUGUCGAUGUUAAAGUUGAUACAUAUUCUAGCGUUUCUACCAAGGUGACUUAUGAUUGGGCACCUGGUACAAAAGCAGCAAUAAGCUUUAGUGUUCCUGAUCACAAAUCUGGAAAGCUUGAUGUGCAUUACAAUCACCGUCAUGCUGUCAUCAAUUCCAGCAUUGGCCUGCACCCAAGUCCUCUUCUAGAGGUUGCUGCAGCAACAGGCUUUAAUGAUCUAGCUGUUGGGGGUGAAAUUGGAUUCGAUACCUCCACUUCGUCUUUUACAAAGUGUAAUGCUGGAAUCAGCUUCAACAAGCCAGACUUUUCAGCAGCUGUCAUACUAGCUGAUAAGGGGCAAACCGUGAAGGCUUCCUAUGUGCAUCUAGUCAACCCGUUAACUGGAACUGAGGUUGCUGCUGAAAUGACCCACAGCCUGUCCGGGUCUGAGAACACCUUCAGCAUUGGGAGCAUCCAUAAACUUGAUGCUUUCACAUCAGUCAAAACCAGACUCUCCUACAGUGGGAAGCUUGCCGUGUUAACCCAGCGGGAGUGGAGACCGAAAUCCUUUGCAACAGUAUCGACAGAGUACGACACAAAGGCCGCAAACGCAGCUCCUAAGUUUGGGCUCUCCAUAGCCUUCAAGCCUUGAUUUUGGUAACAACUCUUUGCCUGAGUUUUCAGUAAUUUAGUUCCUCCAUUUUCAAGAACACGACGCAUUAAUUAUUCUUGCUGGUGGAAUGGCUGCUUUAUAAAAUUGAAUUGGAGACAAUUUUGGGCCUCAUUUGGUUAUCACUUAAAAAAAACUACUGAAGUAGAUAUUUUGUUCCAACUGUUUGCCUUUUUGUGAGGCUGUAACUCUCGAUAUUUGAUUAUGAUGGUCAAUUCUUCUAUUCUUACAUUCAUUACCUGUGAAAUAUUUGUGAAAAGAGACUUCUUCUUCUAAUGGAUUGAGAGUAGUGUGGA